UUAAAACAACAGAAGAAGAAGAAGAAGAAGAACUGACAGACAAAAUGGCUGAGGGACGAAGCUAGCUGCUCGGCUAAUGUAAACAUCCACCUACAUUAGACUGGAGCUGGAGCGACGAUAACGUUACGCGAUAGCGUCGUCACACUGCGAAUGAGCGUUGUUUUAACUUCUAAGGAUGAUGAGCCAGCGGCGUGGGAUCCAUCUGGACCAAUCGGAGCUGCUUUGCACUAAAGGAUGUGGUUUUUAUGGCAACACUGGCUGGCAGGGCCUGUGCUCAAAGUGCUGGCGAGAGGAGAAUCAACGAGAAAAGCAAAAACAGAUUCAAGAAGACUGCGCACUUGCUGAAAGGCUGCAAAAAGAGGAAGAGGAAGCAUACACAAGCAGAAAUCAAAAGGCCCAAUCACAGCCUACCAUCACACCCUUUGGCAAGUUCGUGGAAAGAAAAACUAAGGAAAAGUCCAGCAAAGUCAACACAGUUACAAAGUUUUUUACUCCCUCCUCAAAAACACCACCAAAAAAAGAUUCUCCUUUUGAUGCUCACUCCAGCCCAAGCCCCAGCUCCUCCACAAGCCGGCACUCCUCUGUGGACAGUGACCAUGCGACGAGAGAGUUCAUUGAUUUCCUCAAGCCUCUGAAGUCUGGCAGGGAGAUCUUCAAACAGUGCCGGGCCUUCACUGAGAGCAUGGUCUAUAAGCGGGACAUGGCAGCUGAUGAGCUGUCAGAGUGUGUGCAGGAUUUCUACCAGAAUCUCUCAGACCGCCUCCACACCCAAUUCAAAGGUUCAUCAGAUCAUGUAGAGAGUGUUAUGGAUGAAGUAGAGAAGUACAUGAUGACUCGUCUUUACAAAGAAGUGUUCUGUCCUGAGACUACAGAUGAUGAGAAGAAAGACCUUGCCAUUCAGAAGAGAAUCAGAGCCUUGCAUUGGGUCACCAUUGAGAUGCUGUGUGUUCCUGUAGAAGAGGAAAUCGCUGAGGUGUCAGACAGUGUAGUCAAAGCCAUCACAGAUGUGAUUGAAAUGGAUUCAAAGCGCGUGCCCAAGGAGAAGCUGUCGUGCAUCACUCGCUGCAGCAAGCACAUCUUCAACGCCAUCAAAAUCAGCAAGAAAGAGGCUGCGUCUGCGGAUGACUUCCUCCCCACGCUCAUCUACAUUGUGCUGAAAGCAAACCCUCCAAGACUGCAGUCCAACAUCCAGUACAUCACCCGCUUCAGCAACCCCGGCAGACUGAUGACAGGAGAGGAUGGUUACUACUUCACUAACCUGUGCUGUGCGGUGGCCUUCAUCGAGAAGCUGGACGGCCAGUCUCUGAACCUGAGCUCUGAGGAGUUUGACCACUACAUGUCGGGCCAGGCCUCCCCCCCCUGGCCACAGCCGGGCGGAGCGUCCUCCAGCUCCCCGGGCAGCGCCGCUCUCAGUCAGGUCCCCAAGGGGCUGGACCUGCUCACUGGGCUGGGGGAGAGGCAGGAGAGGGUCCUGGAGGAGGCUCGCCAGCUGGAGAGCGACCUCAUCGACUGGACGGAUGAAGUGGAGCAGAAGGUGCAGAGCGUUCUGGAGAGCUUUCCCCCAGAGACAGAAACCCCUGCUCCUCCCACAGCGAGUGGGACGGCUGUUUCAGCGACGGCUGUUUCAGUGGCGUCAGCCAUCGACUCUGAUAACGUGGAGAAUGAGCACCUGCCCCCCCCGCUGACACCGCAAGUGUUUGCUGGUUGAUGUGAAGAGCUCUGCUUAAAAAAAAAGAAAAGAAUAUCCUCUAGAGGUGGAGCUUUACUCCACCUUCACCCUUCCCUUAUGUUAAAUGUUUCUGUCCGUGUGCACAUACAGGAGACACUCCAGCCAUCCCUUCUCAUCCCUGCAAGAGGCCCAACAAUUACACACAGAACCUUUGAAUACAAUAAGUUAAUAUUUUGGCAUUCCGGUAAAGUACACUUAUUUGCUUUCAUGCAGAAAGUUAGAUUAGAAGAUCAUUAACCUUCAUGUACAGUCAACAUAAAGCUGAGAGUAAAGGCUUGAAACAAGAGGUACACUUUUAGCAGGACCCUUUCCAAAGGUAACACACAUCCGCACACUAGCACCUCGAAAUAUCACUCAUUAACAUGUUACAUUUUUUGUUGUUUAGUAUGAAAAAAAAGGUGUAAAAACAAGACUUUUUUUUUUGUCGCCUUUGGACAGAGUCAGGCUAGUUUUUCCCGUUGCAAAGCUAAGCCUAAGUGUCAAAGCUUUUGCUCACUCUUUUAUUGGACAGACGUGGGAUUUGUAUUGAUCUUCUUAUCUAACUCUAGGCAUAUUUGUGAAUAAGCAUUUCCGAAGAGUUCCGGAAGCCAAGUUCACUCCAAGCAUUUUGUUACAGAUGCGAUGCGGCCUCUGAGGUGAAGCCCUGACGUUCUGCUUCUCUUACAUUUUCAGGAUAAGCAGAUUUGUUUAACCCAGCCAUGUCCUUUGUUGUUCCCGGGCUUUAGUAAUAUUACCCCAGUGUGCUACUACUGUUGCUUCCUCAAAGUGAGAUGUGCCGGGAAACGCAGACUCCACUCCAAGCUCUUCCUGAAACACAUCUGCAUCACCUCAGUACUUCUCCAUCCGUAGUGUCGUACUUACAUGCUUUCCAAAAGGAAAAUUGGGUGGAUGUGAUUUUUAAUCAUUCUUCUGUCAUUUUUCUUUUUCUUUUUUGGUUAUGUGAUGAGGUCACUAGGUGUAAAUUGACUGUCGCAAAUUGAAGCAGGGGCUCAAAGGGUCACACACACACAACCUGACAUCUAAUAACUUGACAGGAAAGUUCAGUCACAUUUCUUUUUGGCAAAGGAAAUGGAGGAGUCUGAGUAAUGCGAAACUUAACUUCCCUUGUGAUUUGUUCUGUGAUUACUGUGUACCUCCCUGUAGAAGAAAUGUGUGUGUGGCAGAUUUGCAUGCGGGCAAGUGUGUGUGAAUGUGAGCGUGUGUUUCAUGGACAUGUUCCCUUAUUGUCUGUAAAUGAUUUAGUCCUCGCAGCUGUGUGUUUAUGGAAAUGUUGGUCUUGUUUUCAUGGCAGCCCUCUCACUCCAGUCAUAGGCUGGAUGUACAGAAGUGAUUUUAUUUUUCUAUAGAGAGGCAGGUAUCAAUUAUUUUGGAUGCAAUAGAAGACAUAAAGCCUGUAAUAUUUACAGUAGUACUCUUGAUAAAGAACAUUGCUUGAAGACAUGUUACAAACAUUAUGAUUGAAUGGUAACAUUCUCAAAUACUCCAAGAGGUUAUCAUAAGCAUGACUCAUAAUUUCAUCGUGACAGGGUUUUUUCUUUUGCUCCGUCAGGGCUUUUGGAUUUCAGAAGUAAAAAGACGGUGCAGUUUCCCAGAAACGCGCGUCAUAGAAAUUGUUCCAAGGCCGGUUGCUUUACUAGUUCAGAAGAAUAAACAUGAAAUAACCAAUUUAAUAUAUUUGAAAGCACUUUUAUUCUGUAUGAUUUUUAAAGCUCCUAUUUCAGAAGUAUAUUUAAUGAAGGAACUAAUGGCUUUAUUCAGUUGAAGGGUCAAAGGAGAGUUGGUGAAAACAGUGUUGUUCAACUGCCUUUGUGUUUCGAAUCGAAGAAAUGUUUGGGAUUGGCAAUUUUCUUUUUCUUUGCUCAUGAGAUAAGGUUUCCUUAAGUUGCUAGAUUUUUAUCUUUUUAUCUUUCUUUGCAGCACUUAUAGUCAGUGUGCAGUUGCUGUCCAAUUUUAGUCAAAUAUCCACCUUUUAAUGCAACCUUAAACAAUAGCUUGAGUAACUUCAUAUUGCACUGUAAACAGAAGCCAUUAUCAGGUAUUUUAAGGAAGUUUAAAACAUAAUCUUUGUAACCUUAUAGGUUUGUAAAUGUAACACAUCGGAGAAAUUAACUCUGUCUUUUAUUUAAAUGUAACUUAUUAUUGGGGCAGUAUUGGUAUAUUCGCCUCUGGGUGUGUGAUGAUGAAUAAAAACUGAAAAUGCAC